AUGGUCCUGCAAAAGGGCGUGGAAGCCACACGGGAGGAGCUUGGUGGGGAGUUGGGGCUGUCUGAGCAGAACUCUGCCCGACAUGUGGGGAAGGUUGUUGCGAAAUUUGGCCUUCGACCUUCUAUCCCGCUUUCCCAUCAUACGCUGACGGUUGAUGCCGACACCUUCACUCUGCCUUACCUGGCCCCGAAAGACGUCCUUUCCUACCUCCUGAACAACCAUUCUGAUCUACUGUUGGGAGGGUAUGCUGCGUCCGAUCCAGCUGCCAACCGUGGACUGGCUAUGUUUUGGGGGCGAUAUCGAAACGUGCAUUCUUCGCAUGCUGUGUAUGGUGCACCUUGUGAGCGCUUGCGAUGGACAAUACCUCUCAGCCUCCAUGGUGAUGGUGGUCGCACGCAAAAGAAGCAACUAGAACCGGUGCUUCAGACUGGGCAAUGCUGCAAUGGGAAGCACCACUCUUACUUGACCCGCUUCCUUCUUGCUGCUUUUCCAAGCAAGCAGUGGCCCCAGGAGCUUUUGCCGGACCUUUCCAGAGCUUUGUCAAGCCAGCUUCGUGAGCUUUUUGAGAAUGGGCUUGCGCAUGUGGUGAAUGGCCGGCAGUGCCGGUAUUACUUUGCAAUUAUAGGAUUGAAGGGCGACUUCGAGUUCCACUGCAAAUCUUUGCGAGACGCCGGCUUGAAAAGGAGCUACGAGCACGUCGGAAGGGCAAAAGACAUCGCCGUGUGUAUGGAAUGCGAGGCUGGGCUUCCAGACAGCGUGGCGCGCAACUUUCUGGCAUCAACAAUUCUGCUUUUGUGCAACUUGGGAGCCUUCGACCUUCAAGGUGAAUCAAAGUCUGUUGACAACAGGCUCGUAAGAGCUUGGAGACAAUUUCAGCUUUUUCUGGAAACUUCAUCUUUGCAUGUUGGUGGCCUCAAAAGCUUCAGCAAGAAAAAGAUGCACUUUGCCAGUGGAAAGGCGUUCCCUUGGCUUGGAUGCAAAGGAGCGGACACAGUUGUUCUUUUUAAGUGGUUGCGGGUGCUCCUGGUACAGCUUCGCAGCCGUGGUUGCGCCGUGGUCACGGGCCAUGAUUUUGCCAGCUGCCGUGCUUGUACUUUCAUUGAGCGAGCUGUGACUGGAGGAUUGCAGUUCACGCAAGGAAUCCACGGCCAUUCGCUUUGGUUAGCGCCAACCUGCAGCCGCUUUCUUCGCCAGGGCAUUUACGAUUUCCUGAGAGGCUACUCUCAGCUAGCGCAAUAUUGCAUGAUUCGCAAGAUGCCUUUGUUCGGCAUAACUCCGAAGUACCAUGCCCUAUGCCAUUUUAAACAUGACUUGGAGAUGUCUUUCGUGCAGAACCAGGCAACCAUCAAUCCAGCAGCGUUCGAUUGCAGCAUGUCGGAAGACUUUAUAGGGCGCGUGGCGCGACAGUCUCGCCGCAUAGGAUUCAAGAGGAACCUCUUUGAGAAACACCUCUUACAGCACUAUCUGCUUAAAUUUUCUUUCGUGUUGCGCAAGAACUGGAAAGAUAUACACGAUGGACGGGGCCGCAAGCGCAAAGCUGGAGGCAGGCGUUGA